AUGAACACAGCGAACUCUGCCAGGAACCCGAGGCUGUCGUGGAAUACGUACCAUCGGCAAGUCCUAUGCUGCCUCUACCGUUUUUUUGAGUGCAACAAAGACCAACUCUCAGCCCUUUUCUCUACAAUCUUUCGAGCCGACCUGAUACACUGUGGCUUUGGGAACAACGAUAUCUCAUACGUCACGCUCAAUGCUCAGUGGUCUUGGUUGAAACGGGAGAAGCGCCCAGUGUGGCAUCACGUCCACAUCGACACCGAGUUCCGAACGGACCGAGAAUGGCAAGGCAUUAUCCAUAAAAUUCGGAUCACUGCAUUCGAGUUAGGGCUUCGGGUCCAGGAGAAAUUGUUUGACACCAUCUGUAUCCCUAACGACGAUUUUGAUGUCAACAACAACUUCGGUGAGUAUCUGACAUCUGUGCUAUUAGCAAGCCAGGCCGGAGAGCAGUCCUCCUCUACUGCUGCUGGUGCUGGUGCUAACGAUGAUGUCGUGACUGAGGACCCCUUCGUCGGGGAAUCCUCCUCAGAAAAUCUCCUAUCCCCCUUCACCGUUGCUACGGGCACCCCAACGAGCGAGGCUACGACAAUCCUUUCUGGCGACAACCGUAAGACGCCUGAUAUUCACAUUCCAGUUGUGAAUAGUCCUCCUCGGGCAGAAAUCUAUGUCGCCUACAACCCGAGUCAAGAUGAUGAACCUUUAGUCACCAGCCACGGCAAGGUUUGUUUCUGGUGCGUAAGAGAAGGGGAGCAUCCUGAGGAUCAUACGCCAACCGCAAGCCGUGUUGAUGAAAGCCCCCAGGGUCACAACCAGGAAGUCAAUGAGCCCUGUGUGCGGGAAAGUCCGACACUCGAUGCUGAGAACGUUGCUCCAGCUGAUCUCAACAUGCACGAUUCGAACCACCUUCCUGGCCUAUGUGGUGUCGAUGAGCUGCCACCAUUGCUCUAUCGUUGGUCGAACACCAACUCUCAGGGCGUGAACACGGAGUCUAUCCUUGUCGCUGGUUGGUUCACAGGAAGCUACCCUAAUGUCACUUUCCCUGGACAAUUAUCCCAAGAAGAAUUUCUGGGAAUCUUCACUUCUCAUGUGACAAGGGUACACAUUCCUACACCUUUCAUUUCGGCGUUUGCGAGACCACUGGCCCCGAUCCAUCGAGCGUUGAGAAAUCGUGACGAUGCCAAAAUCUCAGUGGUCGAUCCUCGGAAGCUACCGACUCCUGUCUUCAAUGCACAGCCAUUGGCACAAACCACUGGGACCACUGUUCGUCGGUGGAAAGGGUACGGCGAGUUCGCGAUCUGGGGUUAUGUUCCCAGUGAGGCAGUUGUCUGUACGUUUGACAUUGCCACUCUGGAAGAUGUAGCCUCCCGUGAUCUCGAGAUCCAGCAGUUUCUCCAGCUAUCCCUUAUCCAAGCGGAGGGGACAUGCCAUCGCCGUCUGCGCCAAGACUUACGACUCAAUCUCCAGACUCAGGGCCAUAAAGACCAUUCUUCGAUCCUUGUGCGUCUAGCGCAGCAGCUCGGUGUAACCGAAGAGUAUUGCUGGUAUUUCGCAACGGAUAUUCACCAGGCAUGGACAAUGAAUCUUGGGGAUACUUGUCGGGACAGUGAGGAACUGCUAGAUUCGGCCAGCUCGCCGGAGCCCGUCGUGUCGGAAGAAAUACACUACGCUCUGGGUAACCAAGAACGGAGAGUUGCGCGGGGCAUGAGUGAGUCGACCAGAUCCUAUGUGCCACCCAAGAGUGACGAUGGGAGCUGCUCAGAGUCCAGCUCCGAGGAGAACAACAUGUCCCAGUCUCCGGAGGCUCACUGUCCACGGCGUGAUACGCCUAGCCCCGACUUUUCUGUCGCUAGUGACACAGAUAACUCCGUGCAGUUGAAUGUUCGCCCGCCCGGUCGUUGCCCGACUAUUAAUGAGGUGGAAAUGCUUGAGGUUGCUGUGCCGCCGACGCCGCCGAGCACGAGUCGAUACUUUCAUCGCCCUGCAAAUGUUAGUUCGACUGUGCCCCUCCUCGCCUUCGGCCCAGUUAAUCUUUCAACUGCUCUAAAUGAUUGUAUUGAUUUUGAUGACGAGUCUCAGUGGCCUUCGGACGGAGAGACCUUCAAUGGGAAUGACACACCGACCACGUCUCGAUACUUUGACCCGGCAGCGGCAAGUCGUGGGGGUCUGCAGGAGAGAAAUCUAUUUGUUUUAGGUGGUGACGAGAUGAUGGGCAUAUGA